UUUGAUUAUUACUUGGCAACAGCGGAACGUUAGCGUCAUUGAUCGUUGUUAGGUUACAUGUGUUAGUUGCAAAAUGUCGAAACUAUCUCCAACUGAUGCUCGGGCGAUUGGAGAAGCUAGGGAAUCAUGGUGUGCCGUAGAAAUGAAAAAGGAACAGAGCUGGUGUCGAACAGAAAGAAAGCAUCAUGGGGAUCAAUUUACAAGCACAGCAUUUGAUGAACACAAACCUGGAUAUCAGCCACGUUGUACAUUUGAGAUAAAUGCACCUACACACAGAGAAAGAAAACAUUACAGGGAACAAAACAAAAGUGUGCUACAGAUAUAGAGAAGAAUGAACGAGAAAGAGACAAACGAAUGACAUCAAAAAAAUAAUCAAAAGAAGAAAACAUUUCAUUUAUCAGUAUUAUAAAUACUUUAAGCUAUUGCUCAUUUUAUUCGAUAUAUAUUGUUUUUACAUCUUUGCUUUUGCACAUGUAUUCAUAUACACCUUUCAGUAUUACAUUGUAUUCAUACGCUCAAGUGCAAUAAGAUGCACUCUUACAUGUGUCUAGUAUUAAAACUGAAUUAUAAAAUUUAA